CUUAUUUUGUUUUGUUAGGCAGCGACUCGCUUAAGCGAUUCUAUUACGUUUCACAUAUGCUGCGGUUAAAAAUUUUAAAUGCGACGACGUCUACUGAAAAUUCCUUGUCAGACUAAAAGGAGCUUUGCCUUGAUUGUAAGGCUAAUUCCGGAAAUGGAAAUUCCCUGCCCGAUUUUACCACUUGUCGAACAACCAACUAGCCUGGUAUUUGCUUCAAGUGAUCUAAAAACUCAGCAGGUGUUCGAGGAACUGAGGAAUGAAUCUGAACGACUGGCUGAGAGACAUGUCGGCUUUUGAACCGAUGGUUUUGCAAUUUCUGGACGCGAGGCGGGAGUCCCUGAUGGAGCUGAUGGUGUCUGUGGCCCGCGAGGCAGAGGAAGCCGUCGUUGCUGUCAAAACGUCCUACGACGACCUGAUAGAGAUGGUGCAAGAAGUGGACAGAAAUGCUUCAGAAUGGGUGGAGACCAACUUUGAAGAUGCGCCCGCUGUUCUCAUGGUGGCUAUCAUGAUUGUAAUGUUCGUCACUGUCAUGGCGGUUGUAUGGGGCAAGGAAACAUUAGAGCAACAAGCAGAGGAAGACUUGAAAGUCAUAGAAGAGGAAAGAACAAUGGAUGAUGACAUGCUGGAACUGAUUAAAUCAAAAUUAACUCUUACAAAGCAGCUUGAUGAUAUUGCCGUAAUUCAAGAUGAAGCAAGAAAGGAGAUUAUAAAAGAUGCACUUGCCUUAGCCAUUCUCAGUGACAGACUUAGUGUAAUCAACAAUAUAAAGAAAGAUAUUCCCUCUUCUGAAAAGGAAAAUGUAAUGCCAAAAGAAAACACAGAAAUACAAGUGCAAUCACAAGAAGACAACAGUGUGACUCUGUCAUCAUAAUGCCAUUAUAAAUACUGUGUGUGUGCGUGUGUAAAUUCUUGUACAAAUAUUUGUUAUGAGUUUUGUUAAAAAAAAUCAUUCGAGUGACAUUAGU